AUGAGAGGGAAAUACUUUCUCCUCGGCUUCUUGUUGCUCAAACUUAUGGCUCUCGUGUGCAAGGCCGACGGGGAGCCGGGACUGCUCGGGGGAUUCGUAAUGAUCGCCACCUCCAACGGCUCCCGGGAGGAGGAGAGCGCGUCCGAGGAGACCCCGCACACGGAGGACCGGUGCCGGGGCUACUACGACGUGAUGGGCCAGUGGGACCCGCCGUUCAUCUGCAAGACGGGCAACUAUCUGUUCUGCUGCGGCACCUGUGGCUUCCGCUUCUGCUGCUCCUACAAGCACUCGCGGCUGGACCAGAGCACCUGUAAAAAUUACGACACUCCGAUGUGGAUGAAGACCGGACAGACGCCCUACAAGAAGAUGAACAAGAUCCAUGACAGCACCAAAGACAAGACGAACCUCAUUGUUUACAUCAUAUGUGGAGUAGUGGCCAUCAUGGCCCUCGUGGGGAUUUUCACCAAAUUGGGUCUGGAGAAGGCGCACCGGCCUCAGAGAGAGAACAUGUCCAGGGCCGUGGCCAGCGUGCUGCAGGGCGGGUGUCCAGGUGAGCAGUAUCGCGGGGAGGAGGCCCUCGGGAUGCACUCGCAGCACUAUGUUUCCAGGGCCACAACCCUCCAGGGUGGCCAGAUCAACAACAACGUGGGCCCGGGCUCCAGCAUGGGCCAGCAGCACCCGUACCCUGCCCUCGGCCAGCUGGCCCACGUCUACGAGCAGCAGCAGCUUCACCACCAGCAGCAGCAUCAGCAGCAGCUUCACCACCAGCAGCAGCAGCAGCAGCAGCACACGGACCUUAACAAGUACGCCUCCCUGAAGGCUGUGGCGGCCAAGUACAACGGUGACGUCUACAACAAGCGUCGGCUCAUGGUGGAGCUGCCGACGAAGGGCGGGCUUCCUCUCCAGCCGAUGGGCAACUCCAGACCCCCCAUGGGCAACAUGUCGUCAAUGACUCCUCCGAUGACCACCAACCCCAUGGCCUCCAACCCCAUGAACCCCUCCAUCACCCAGAUGACCUCCAUGACCCCGAUGGCCUCCAUGACCCCGAUGACCUCCAUGACCCCGAUGGCCUCCAUGACCCCGAUGAUGACCUCCUUGACCCCGAUGACCUCCGUCACCCCUAUGAACUCCCUGGGUCCACUGACUCCGGAGCCGGUGGCCACCUACGUCACCGAGAUGCCCGGCAUCUCGUCCGUCUCCACCCUUCCGACCGAGCGGCACAUGGCCACCUUCGGGGGACUCAAGUUGAACAGCCAUAAACUCAAAGGCGGCCACGGUCACGUGGGCCACGGCCCCCCCCACGGCGCUCACGGCUCUCACAGUCACGGCCACAGUAGCAAGCCGCCGGGCCUCGGGGCCACCUCCAUGGCGCACAUGGGGGGGACCGUGCCAGGCAGCACGUCCCUGGGUAUCUCCAGAGCCGCGGAGACGGCCAUCGGCUCCAGCUCGACGACGGGCCGCCCGGUGGCGUUCAGCUCCAACACGAUCGCGGCCGGGCACUCGAUGGGGAUGGGGAUGGGGAUGAAGGCCUGGGACGGCACCGAGACGGUGGGCCGGAGGAAGACCUACGGCCACAAGAGGCCUCAGUGCACCGUGCUCGAGCCCAACCAGCUCCACGGCACCAGAGGCCAGAGCCACAGCCAACACUUCCUCCCCACACAGCCCUACUUUGUGACCAACAGCAAGACAGAGGUGACUGUGUGAGAGAGGAAGACGGGGAGGAAGAGAGGGAGGGGGAAAGGAUGCGUCUCUGAGCGGA